AAACUCGGGCUGCGCCCCAGCCUGCGGCUCACUCUGCUCCCUCGGGUAGGUCCCCCUCGGAGCCUAGCCUGCGCCGUCCAGCAGCCGCCUCUGUGCACGGCCGCUGGCCGCGAAGAGCAUCACCACCUCCCUCCGGAUCCGGAGCUCGAGCUCUGACCACCUCGCGCUUCCCCGGCUCGGCUCCCUCUGCCGCCCCGGCCCCCGAGGGGUCACGCGCCCACUAUGCCGCAGGGCCCCGGCUCGCUGCUGCUGCUUGUGCUCGCCUCGCACUGCUGCCUGGGCUCGGCGCGCGGGCUCUUUCUCUUCGGCCAGCCCGACUUCUCCUACAAGCGCAGCAAUUGUAAGCCCAUCCCGGCCAACCUGCAGCUGUGCCAUGGCAUCGAGUAUCAGAACAUGCGACUGCCCAAUCUGCUGGGCCACGAGACCAUGAAGGAGGUGCUGGAGCAGGCGGGCGCCUGGAUCCCGCUGGUCAUGAAGCAGUGUCACCCGGACACCAAAAAGUUCCUGUGCUCUCUCUUCGCCCCCGUCUGCCUCGACGACCUGGACGAGACCAUCCAGCCAUGCCACUCGCUCUGCGUGCAGGUGAAGGACCGCUGCGCGCCGGUCAUGUCAGCCUUCGGUUUCCCCUGGCCGGACAUGCUUGAGUGCGACCGCUUCCCCCAGGACAACGACCUCUGCAUCCCUCUGGCCAGCAGCGAUCACCUCCUGCCAGCCACCGAGGAAGCUCCAAAGGUAUGUGAAGCCUGCAAGAACAAAAAUGAAGAUGACAACGACAUAAUGGAAACUCUUUGUAAAAAUGACUUUGCGCUGAAAAUCAAAGUGAAGGAGAUCACCUACAUCAACAGAGACACCAAAAUCAUCCUGGAGACCAAGAGCAAGACCAUUUACAAGCUGAACGGCGUGUCCGAAAGGGACCUGAAGAAAUCUGUGCUGUGGCUCAAAGACAGCCUGCAGUGCACCUGCGAGGAGAUGAAUGACAUCAAUGCCCCCUAUCUGGUCAUGGGACAGAAACAGGGCGGGGAGCUCGUGAUCACCUCGGUGAAACGGUGGCAGAAGGGGCAGAGAGAGUUCAAGCGUAUCUCCCGCAGCAUCCGCAAGCUGCAGUGCUAGGGCCUGCGCGUCCCGCAGCGCCUGCAACGCGCCAGCUUGGCUCACCGCAGCAGCUUGCACGCACACAGUUCCGGUUUCCCGAGCACAGUCCCAGCGGUGGCGCCAGCCCCAGCCUAGGGCCACCUGCGUCCCCUGCCUGUUGUUGCACGUUCACAUCCCCAGGAUUUGCUGAGCUGUAAAGCCCCAAGGGGCCUUAGGAAAGAAAGGUUGUCUACUCAAAUCUGCUAGAACCACCCACACAAAGCCAUCAAUAUUUUUAUGAAGUUCUAAAAUGGCUCAACGUUAGAGCUAGUGUUGAGUAGGUCCAACUGGAACUUGGCUCUUUUUUUUUUUUUUUUCUCCAGUUUGGAUUGAGUCAGCAGAUGUUUGCUUCCUAUGAAGGGUACCCUAACAGGCACAUUGAUCUAUUUUUUUCUGUGGCCCAAACCUGUGGGUCACAAACAAAGCCCCGUUGAGAUAAAGCUGGCUGUUAUCUCAACAUCUUCCCUGCUUCAGGCCUGAGACUCAAGCGUCUAAGUUUUAGAACAAUCCAUGUGUCAUUUACAACUUGUGCAUGCAUGAUGUUCCAGCUAGAACAGUACCACUUAUGAGAAAUACACUAACCGUUCCUUCCAAUAAAGGGCAAAACAAAUAAGUGUUAUCACUGAUCUGAGUACUUUAAGCCUAGUGUAAGACAUUUUUUACUUAAGUUUUGCAAAUUAAACGUUUAUAGCUUACCUGUAAUAUACAUGGUAGUUGACCUUAAAAAGUUGUAAAAAUAUUACUUUAACCAACAUUGUAAAUAUUUCAGAUAAACAUUAUAUUCUUGUACAUACAAACUUCCUGUUUUACCUA